CCCGGACGGCCCGGCGGGGAGGCGCCCAUGCGGGACCGCGCGGCGCGGUGAGGGCGCGCGCGGGCGGGUGGGGACGCAGCCGGCACCAUGUCCAUGCUGCCCACCUUCGGCUUCACGCAGGAGCAAGUGGCGUGCGUGUGCGAGGUGCUGCAGCAGGGCGGCAACAUCGAGCGGCUGGGCCGCUUCCUGUGGUCGCUGCCGGCCUGCGAGCACCUCCACAAGAAUGAAAGCGUGCUCAAGGCCAAGGCCGUGGUGGCCUUCCACCGCGGCAACUUCCGCGAGCUCUACAAGAUCCUGGAGAGCCACCAGUUCUCGCCGCACAACCACGCCAAGCUGCAGCAGCUGUGGCUCAAGGCGCACUACAUCGAGGCGGAGAAGCUGCGCGGCCGACCCCUGGGCGCCGUGGGCAAAUACCGCGUGCGGCGCAAGUUCCCGCUGCCGCGCUCCAUCUGGGACGGCGAAGAGACCAGCUACUGCUUCAAGGAAAAGAGUCGCAGCGUGCUGCGCGAGUGGUAUGCGCACAACCCCUACCCGUCACCCCGCGAGAAGCGCGAGCUGGCGGAGGCCACGGGCCUCACUACCACGCAGGUCAGCAACUGGUUCAAGAACCGGCGACAGCGCGACCGGGCGGCCGAGGCCAAGGAAAGGUACGAGGAGAACAGUGAGAAUUCCAAUUCCAACAGCCACAACCCGCUGGCUUCGUCGCUGAACGGCAGCGGCAAGUCGGUGCUAGGCAGCUCGGAGGAUGAGAAGACGCCGUCGGGGACGCCAGACCACUCUUCGUCCAGCCCUGCGCUGCUGCUCAGCCCGCCGCCGCCACCCGGGCUGCCGUCCCUGCACAGCCUGGGUCACCCUCCGGGCCCCAGCGCAGUGCCCGUGCCCGUGCCGGGCGGAGGCGGCGCGGACCCACUGCAGCAUCACCACGGCCUGCAGGACUCCAUCCUCAACCCCAUGUCGGCCAACCUCGUGGACCUGGGCUCCUAGAGCCCCGCUCGCCUCGACGCGCGUGCCUUCUGGGCUUGGCGCUGUGGACCUGGCAGAGGCGGUGCUGGGAGGGCGCCCAUGUCGGCGGCCCCACCAGGUACUGAAAGACCCCCACCCUGAGCAGGCACGACCGCCAGCCAGGGCAGGGUGGGCGGCUGUUUGGGUCCUUGGUCGAGAUUUAAUUUCAACAAGUUGCUUUUGACAUUCUUUGGGGGCCAGGGACUGGGUCUUGGACCAGGGAAGGGAACAAGUUAUACAGCACUCUCAUUCUCUCUCUCCCUGCCUCCCCUUCCUCGCCUUCUCGCUUUCUUUUUCACUCUCUUGCUUUGCCUUGCCUUGCCUUCCCUUUCUUCUCUUUUCUCCUUUCUGUUUUCUUUCUUUGCCUUCUCUUUUCUCCCUCUCCCUCUCUUGCUUCCCCCCUGUUCUCUGUCUCCGUUUCCGUCUGUUUCUGGCUUGCCACCUCUCACUAGUUUCUACGUUUUGUUCCCUCCCCCCCUCUUUCCCUCUCCUGCCAGUCUCCUGCAGUCUGUAUCCCGGCCCCUCGGUCUAUGCUCUCAGUCUUUCUCCUCCUGUCCCGCCGUCUAUCGGCCCCUUCCCCGUCCCUCACUUUCCCGGAGUGGGGGUUGGGAAGGGGAAGAGCAGAGAAAAGACGGGACCUUUGAACCUAAGCCCUUCCCAGAGGCCCCAGCCCCUGUCAGUAGGAGCUGCAGGUGUCAGCUUUUCGCCUAGUAACUUAAGUGAAAGAGAAAGAGCAGCGCCACAAAAGCCCCUGCACGCCCCUUGCUGCUCGCUCCUCUCUCUCGACGAGGCCCGCCCUGCUGCGCCCUGCGCCCUCCCGGGACAGUGGCCACAGCGCUCCCGGCAGAGCGUGCCUCCCGAGCCAAGGACUUGCCUGUUACACCCUCAUGUGAAUGUUCUUCGGGAAAUAUUUCUGCUUUUAUUUUAUAAUAAAAUUAGAAAUCAUAAA